GCCAGCGGGGGCUAUAGAGGCGUCCAUUGUCUAUACCAUAACAACCAACAAAAAUGAAAAGUACGGAAUCUCUCUGUGUUUGUGUCUCUCCGAGAACCUAAAUCCUCGACAGCUCAGAAGUCAGAUUUCCUUUGUUAUUUUCCUGCUUUUCUCGUCCCUGGAAACGAUAUAUCAUUUAGACUAUGCUUGGUUUGUGGAAAGCUAUUUCUGGGAAAUUUCAAUGCCAAAAGGACUGACAUUCUAAAACAAAUGGAGGUGAUAUGAGGCUGCAACAGUAUAGUCUAUGAUUAUGUGCAACAACAUAUUUGCAGUUGUCUUAAACCAAAAUGUAUGUUACAACCGGCGGGGCUGCAGUUAAUGAAAUGGGUUAUGCAAUGAGUAGACUAGAUAUAGAAGCAGACCUCUGCAAUGUGGGGAAUACCAUUCAUGAAGACACUAACAGCCAAAGAUCCAACAAGCCAUUGACACAUUUAGACCAUGAGAUUGCCCAUCUCACGAGGUUAAAAUCAGAACCUCACGAACGGUUAAGCCAAGUCAUACCUGGCAGGCGAGAGUUACCGGUUUCCACAGUGAAGAUGUUGGCUGGUCGAGAGUGUAAUUAUUCAAGAAGGGGGAGAUUCUCAUCAGCCGAUUGUUGUCAUGUCCUAAGCAGAUAUCUGCCAGUAAAUGGUCCUUGGCUAGUUGAUCAACAGACCAGCCGAGCCUAUGUCUCACAGUUUUCGGCUGAUGGUUCCCUUUUUGUUGCUGGAUUUCAGGGAAGCUACAUUAGGAUAUACAAUGUGGACCGAGGAUGGAUGGUUCAGAAGACCAUUCUUGCAAAAAGUCUGCGAUGGACAGUUACUGAUACAUCUCUUUCGCCAGAUCAACGCCAUCUUGUUUAUGCUAGUAUGUCACCUAUUGUCCAUAUUGUUAAUGUUGGGUCCCCUGUAACAGAGUCUAUAUCAAAUAUUACGGAGAUCCAUGAAGGUUUGGAUUUUUCUGCCGAUGAUGAUGGAGGAUACUCUUUUGGAAUCUUCUCUGUCAAAUUUUCAACAGAUGGACGAGAAGUUGUUGCUGGAAGUAGUGAUGACUCUAUUUAUGUUUAUGAUCUUGAAGCAAAUAAGCUUUCUCUCAGAAUUUUGGCACACACGUCUGAUGUGAACACUGUAUGUUUUGCUGAUGAAAGUGGCCAUCUCAUUUAUUCUGGGAGUGACGACGCUCUCUGUAAGGUGUGGGACAGACGUUGCUUUGUUGCUAGAGAUAAACCAGCAGGGGUCCUUAUGGGACACCUUGAAGGAAUUACAUUUAUUGACAGCCGUGGAGAUGGUCGUUAUUUAAUAUCAAAUGGAAAAGAUCAGACUAUAAAACUUUGGGAUAUCCGGAGAAUGUCUUCUAGUGUCACAUGCAAUUCAGGCUUUAGGAGUUAUGAAUGGGACUACAGAUGGAUGGACUACCCACCACAGGCAAAAGAUUUGAAACACCCAUGUGAUCAGUCAGUGGCUACAUAUAGAGGUCAUUCAGUCUUGCGAACUCUUAUUCGCUGCUACUUCUCCCCAGAAUACAGCACUGGUCAAAAGUACAUCUACACUGGAUCUCACAAUUCAUGUGUUUAUAUAUAUGAUUUGGUGAGUGGAGCCCAAGUUGCAACACUCAAGCAUCAUAAAUCACCUGUAAGAGACUGUAGUUGGCACCCUUACUACCCUAUGCUUGUUAGCUCCUCUUGGGAUGGGGAUGUUGUCAAAUGGGAGUUUCCCGGAAGUGGUGAAGCACGAGCCUCCUCGAGCAGGAGGAGAGUUUGGAGGAGACACAUUUAAUGAAGAUUACUUGUUAUGUGAGCAAAUUAUUGAAGAUUAUAUCUGGUAAAUUAUUAUUGUUUGUAUAGUGGUUCAAGCUAUUUUUCAUCCUCAAAUAAGGUGUAACUGAUGAGCAAUAUGAAAAGCAUGAGAAUGAUUGUCUCCUCCUAUUCACCAUGUCAGUUGUACAUAAAUACCACUUAAACUGAAGAUAUUGACCUUAUAUAGUUGUACAAAUUCAUGGAUAAUGGUUCACCAAAUAAAUACACCUCUGGUGAAUAAUAUGGGUGCUCA